AUGGCGUCCAAGCUCUUCUCUGCAGUGAAGCUCGGCGGCAAGAAGGCUCCGACGCAACUGAAGCAUCGCGUGGUGAUGGCGCCUAUGACUCGUCAACGCAUGGGUGACGACGGAGUGCAUGGACCUGCUGUGGCUACGUUCUGCGAGCAGCGAGCCACCGAUGGCGGUCUGUUGAUCACUGAGGCCACCAACAUCAGUGCCUAUGCUCGCGGUUACUACGGCUCCCCCGGUUUGUUCACCCCGGAGCAAGUGGAAGGAUGGAAGGCCGUGACGACCGCGGUGCAUGGCAAAGGUGGCAAAAUCUUCAACCAGUUGUGGCACACUGGCCGGAUCAGCCACCCUCUCAACCUGCCUGGGGGAGCGCAGCCCGUUUCCGCGAGCGCAACCAACAUGGAGGGGGUGCAGAGUCUCGCUACAACCGUCAAGGGCCGUUUGCUGCACCCGAACCCACGCGCGCUCGAGAUCGAUGAAAUCCCGGGCAUUGUCGAGGACUACACGCGUGCGGCCGAAACGCACUGGAGGCAGGCUUCGACGGUCCCUGAAAAUCGUUCCCGCAUUGUGUUCGAGGCCAUCGAGGCCAUUCUGUCUUCCGUGGACUCGAGCAAGGUGGGCAUUCGCUUGUCCCCGUUCGGCACGGCUUUCGGCUGCACCGACUCGAACCCGCGCGAGAUCUACGACUACGUGGUCAAGAAGUUGAACGACUACGAUCUCGCGUACCUCCACAUGGUUGAACCGCGCGGCAUGCAGCAGCCUGCACCCGACGCACCGGAGGGUGGCGUUACCUCCAUCUACCGCGAAAUGUACAAGGGCGUCAUGAUCGGUGCUGAAGCUCGCAAGGUGGUCGAGGACGGAACGACCGACCUCGUGGCCUUCGCGCGCGACUUCAUCUCCAAUCCGGAUCUUGUGGAGCGCAUCCGCAGGGUCGCCGAGCUCAGCCCAGUCGAUUGGCAGACUGUGUAUGUGCCGCUGGACGCUCCUUACGAGAAGGGAUACACGGACUACCCGUUCCUAGUGGAGAAGACAUCCGCGUAA